GGGUGGAAUCCGAUGGAGCAUUCGAAGCAGAAACUCCAAACCUCUGAUUCCCAAAUUCCGGGUUCUUCCUGCUCUCUCUCCAUCCCUUCCGAACCUCCUGAUCUAGGCAAUUGGUUCUCAAGCUACCGCUAUGAAUCACCUGCAAUGAAUUCCAAUUCUUUUUGCAAUGAAUUUGAUACCGGCGAGAUCAAAAGAGAAAAAGAUGGAGGAGAUUCAUGUGGGUUUAUGGAAAAUGGAAAUAAAGUUGGAGUCUUUGUUCAUAAGAAGCAGAACUCAAAUGGGGUUGUCAAAUGUGGCAGCUCUUCACAAAACCAAUGCUUAAGAAAGCUAUUCAAGUUAGGCCCUGUGCAGUCCGUUUGCAUAUCUGAAGGUUCUGAUACCGGCAAAGAGAUUUCAGGUUCUUUUGAGUCACCUUCGUCCCUUUCAGAGCCUACGCACAUCAAAAACUGGUUCUCAAGCUAUGUGUAUGAGUCUCCUUCAUUGGAUACAACUGCUGGUUUUGGCGAUUCUCUUUGUAAAGAAAGUAAAUUUGAGAAGGAUGGGUUUUUGGUUGAAAACAGCAACAGAGAAAAUGAAGAGGAUUUGAGGAAUUUUAGUACAAACAGCAGUGUUAGUAAAGAGAUUGUGGGUGAGAAGGAACAGUCAGGAGAGCUUGCAAAUUGUGACAGCUCUUGGAGAGAUACUAAGCAGGCAAGGCAGCCUGUAAGUGAGACUCCAGGUCCUCUGGAAUCACAUUCGCUCCUUUCAGAACCUAUUCACAUCAGAAACUGGUUCUCAAGCUAUGUGUAUGAGUCUCCUUCCUUGGAUACAACUGAUAGUUUUGGAGAUUCUGUUUGCAAAGAAAGUAAAUGUGAGAAGGAUGGAUUUAGGGUUGAAAAGAGAGAUAAUGAAGAGGAUUUGGGGGAUUUUAGAAGAAACAGUCGUGUUGGUGAAGAGGUUGCGGGAGAGAAGAAACAGUCAGCAGGGCUUGCAACAUGUGACAGCUCUUGGAGAGUUACCAAGCAUGAUAGGCAGCCUGUAAGUAAGGUUCCGGGUCCUUUGGAUUCCUCUUCACACUUGUCAGAGCCUACUGACAUCAGAAACUGGUUCUCAAGCUAUGUGUAUGAGUCUCCUUUGGAUACAGCUGAUGGUGUUGGAGAUUUUGGUUGUAGAGAUAGAAUAGAUGAGAAGGAUGAGGUUUUGGUUGAACCCAGUAACGGAGAAGAGGGAGAGGGUUUGGAGGGUUUUAGUAAAAAGGAAAGUGAUAGUGAAGAGGUUGAUGUUGAGAAGGUACAGUCAGAAGAGUUCGCAAAAUAUAACACCUCUUGCAGAUGUGGUGUGGUUGUUGACCCAACCACUGGAGAUGAUGAAAAUCUAUCUGGUCGGAAUGAUUUGUGUCUUGAAUUUACACCUAAAACAGUGCAAAACCAUGGUACCAGUCAAGCAAAACAUGGUGAUACAUCAAGCUUCAACAAAGGAGAUUCUCAAUGCAAGCGAGAUCAAGAGACUUUCCAUGGAACCAGAUUUAAGCCAUCGAACAAACAGAGAAGUAUGUGCAGUAAUGAUGGCAAAUAUCCACAAAACUUGAUUCAGAGUAGCGGUUCCACUUUACAGGAGAGCUCAGAAGCAACGGUCCAUGCAGAAGAUUGUUUACAAUUCAAAAGUGAUUCAGAGUUAAUUCCAGUUAAAGGAGCAUCGGUAAGCAAAUCAACUCAUGGAAGCAAAGAAAGAAAGGAUGAGGGAAAAGGAAUAUCAAAAGAUGGUUUCAUUACAACAAGGAAACGCAAAUUUACAGCGAGAAAUGAUGAAAACUCUUCAAAAAGACCAGCAGAGAGUAGUAAGGGAACAGUUCCAUUAGCAGGCAGAAAGGAUGUUGCUAUUAAAAGAAAGGCUUUAGCAGACACAACAAAUUUUCAUCAUUCUCCGGCAACGAUGAUCACUGGGAAAUGGAAGCGCCCUCAGCAACGUAAGCCAAAUUUAAGACCUCCUUUGAAGCAGCUUGGACUUGAGCAAUGGAUUCAGAAGUUGUGAGAGACUGAAAGCCUAAGAAAUGGAGAUCUUGGAUGUUGAAAGAGGCCGAUAGAACCUAAAGACUCGAGCUUUGGAGUUUGAAGGAUCUUUGAUGUCAAAGAAUAAAGGCCUAAAGCCCUAAACAACCUUAUUUCCAAUGCAUGCCUGUUGCAAUUGUAACUUGUUGGGUUUCCUCCCUUCGUUUAUUAGUUUAUUUAAAUCCGAAUUGUUUUAAAGAAUU